ACAAUCUACCUGCCGCAACCACGUGCUGAUGAGGGUGGGGACUUAACUAAGGUAGAAGCAAGACUUUACUCCUGUGAGGGUCAAUGUUAGUUCAGUGCCAAUACUUGAAGGCUGCGGUCAUUAGAUCAAGACGAUCGACCUAUCGAUCAAGCGUGCCGCGACAUCGCGAUUCCGAAAACAGAAGCACAUCGGGCGUUCGUUUGCACCCUCACACUAAACAAGGACAUAUUUGCACCCGCGAGCCGAUUUUGCACAACCCGAAAAUUUCGGGGAUAAUUGGUCUGAGAAAAUUCUGAUUUUCCAUUGAAUUUUUUCGAAUCCAAUCAGUGAUUUUCUAUGAUAGUGGACUGUAUGCUUAAUCUGUAGGGAAUAAGAACUCGUUUCAGUGAUCUGUGACUUUGAACUUGAAUUUUCAAGACUUUUCAAGGACCUAUCCAAGUCAGUCAACUCUCUGUGAUUGGUUUUGUUGUCACAAUUCUAUGGUAGUUUCUUCAUCUCAGAUUUUAUGGACUGUUGACAAAGCACUUGGUUGUCUGCACUAGUUAUAAGUUAAUAUUAUGCGUUUAUUUAUCUGUUGAGAGACUUACGAACUAAGGAUCAGUUAAUAUGGAAACCUGUGUACUCAUCCCCCAAGAGUUUAGCCUCUGCGUUAGAAGCCCUCCCCUUGGUUCCAAAGGAGAACCUGAGGUGUCGGUGUUUUCGAACACAGCCAUCGCACAGGGUGCGCAGUGUUUUCCCUUUCAAGGGACCAUCAGAAUAGACAAGCUGGAUGUCUAUGGUCAGCUGGAAGAUGAUGAUAUACGACACAGAUUCGGAUGCUACGACGAGAUCUCCUUCGACGGAUCCAGAAAAAUCAGACAUUGCAAUUGGGUGCGGUUUGUCAGGAUAUCGAAUUCAUUCAACCCUUCCGUCAACUUCGUGGCGACGAAAAUGAAGGGAGAGCCAGUUUAUGAGGCCGUCAAACCGAUACCACCAGACACAGAACUUCUUGUAUAUUACCUUCCUGAGAGACCGGAGGAACUGUUUUUUGUCAGGAUGAGGGCAUCGCUUUUCCGACAGACGAUGGAUUCAAUUUUGGAAGAUUCACCACUAGAUCUCUCAAUGUCACUCCUAUCGAGAGCUCUCAGUAAUUCACCACCGUCAAAUGAAGACGAAAGGAAGUCAGUAUCAGGUGAUAGUUCUGCAGCAAGUUCACAGGGCGAUUUACCAGAAAAAAUGAUCACAACACCAAGAGCGAGACCUAGAGAAAGGACGUUACUCCCCUGUGGGGUCUGCAGUAAAGCUUUUGAUAGACCUUCAUUGUUGAAAAGGCACAUGAGGACACACACAGGGGAAAAGCCACACGUAUGUAUGGUUUGCGGCAAAGGAUUCAGCACAUCAUCAUCUUUGAACACACAUAGAAGGAUUCACAGUGGAGAAAAACCACAUCAGUGUCCUGUUUGUCUGAAGAGGUUUACAGCAUCAUCGAAUCUUUAUUACCAUCGAAUGACACAUAUCAAGGAUAAACCCCACAAAUGUAACCUAUGCAGCAAAUCAUUCCCAACUCCUGGUGAUCUCAGAUCUCACAUGUACGUCCAUUCAGGAUCAUGGCCCUUCAAAUGUCACAUCUGUUCGAGGGGAUUCUCCAAACACACGAAUUUGAAGAAUCAUCUCUUCCUCCAUACCGGUAAACCGUCCGGUACUCGUAAGGGAUGAAUACGAACAGGCGUUCAUCACAAAAUUUCUUUUACAAAAGUUGUAAGUGAUCUUAGUUAAGUUUAAUUUAUAUCUUAUUUUAUUGUUAUUUGAAUUUUAUAAAUUAUAUAUUAUUGAAAUAAUAUUUUUUUAUGUAUUUCAUAUGCAUAUAUGUAAAAAUUGUAAAUAAAAGUCUUUUAUCGAA